AGGGCUGAUUAUUGGAAAUCACAAAACAGAAUUUUCUGUGACUUUUGCAAGUGUUGGAUAACAGACAAUAAGCCGAGCGUAGAUUUCCACAAUAAUGGCAAGCGACAUAAAGCAAACGUACAACAACGAAUUCAUGAUAUUGGCAAAAAGAGUGAGGCAGAUAAAAAGGCACAAAACAAAUUUGAUGAAGAUUUACGGAAAAUUAAUGAGGCUGCCAUGAAAUCGUAUUCUAAAGAUAUUUCUGGUGGAACUGAUAUGACUUCAAGAUCCAUUGGACAUGCCUCAUCAAUGAACAAACCAGUAGAUCCAAUGGCAUUACCAUAUUAUGAAGAAGAAGACGGUCCGAAUAUUUCAAAAAAGCCAUCAACAAGUGCAGCUAAGAGUCAAGAAAAAGAAGCACCGCCAGCAUCAUUAUGGUGUGAGGCAGUGACUGACGAUGGAGAUACAUAUUAUUGGAAUAUCAAAACAAAUGAGUCUGUGUGGGAAAAACCGAAAGAGGGAUUUAUGACGUUAAAGGAAUACAACAAGCUGAAUGAAAUAGCAAUAAAACAACAAGAAGAAGCACGUCAGACAGAUUUAAAAUAUAAUAUUGAGAAUGCCGAUGAAAUUGCAGCGAAAUAUAAGCGUGAACAAUAUAAGAAAUAUCAGACGAUUACUCAAGAGCCAAAAAAAUUAACAGAAUCAUCAACAAGUCACUAUGCAGAUGAAUAUGGCACUAGUAUAGGCGAAUGGCAGGUUGUUGAACAGUCAGAGCAGACAAUUAAAGAAGUCGAUCUGGAAUUGCCAAAACAGAAUGAUGUUUAUUAUGCUAUUGCAAAUGUAAAAACAGACGAGCCACCAAUCAAGAAAUUUAAAGAGAAAACAGUCGGUUCCUUUUCAAUUGAUUCACAUGAAAUUCCAAGUGUAUUUAAGAAGCGAAAAGUUGGAAAUAGAAAUAUAAGAAAAACAACUGAUGACUCCUGA